CUAUGAUCCUAUACUUGUGAUACAUAUGAUUUAUGAAUGACAUUGCAAUUGCAGUCAAAGUGACAUACCGGUAAUACAGUACUCUAUAACAAAAUGGUGAAGAACAAGUUCCAGUAAUAGUAAAUAAAAUAAUCCAACGUGACUUUGUUUAUAUACAGUUUGAUAUGAAUAUUCAAUGCUUUUAGAGUAGCAGUGUUUUAUGUUUUAUAAUGUUUACAUUGUUGGGUGAAGUAAACUUAUGGACUUUUGACGACAAUAUUAAUAUAAAGAGUACAGACUUUGGUGCAUUUCGAUACCAUGAUAAACGUAUUGAUCAUUUACAUGAAGAAGCAAAAAAAUCUUAUUGUCAGAAACGAGGUAUGAUAUAUGUACCAACAAAUAAAAAAGGAAAUAAAUUAAAGGAUUCUAUCAAAUACUUAGAGGAACAAUUGAAGGAUAAUACUAUUGUACAUUGUCAGUGGUAUGAUGACUGUGUUUUACAAUUAAUGUUAAACAAUGCGUUAUUAAUACAAAUACAAGUUAAUAUUGCCACUGGUGAUGUAUGUAAAAUAACUUUUGAUAAGUAUCUCAUAGGAAAACUGUUGGAACAUAUAUCAGAUGUGAUAAUCACAAAAAAUUAUAUUCUUUGCAUCUAUAACGACAAUCAAGUUUCUGUUGUACAUUUUACAAGAUCGAAAAGACAUGUCUUCGAUAAAAUUAAUAAACUUGAACCAAAAUUAUCUACGAUUGAUCUCUUUGGCCCUAAUGGCCGCAGAUUGGACAAAAAAGUACAGACCAAUAAAUGUGGUGAUCUGAUUUUAAUUUGGUGGAAAUCUACUAUAAAUGAAGUUUAUCCUUGGAGUCCUGCUGUAAAAGAACAUGAUCGUGCUAACAUACAUCUUUAUCGUUUAAUAGGAGUAAAAUUAGAAUUAAUUUGUUAUAUACGUAGUGAAUUUGAUCCCUUAUGUAUAAUGUUUGAUGCAUGUAAUGAUAAUAUUAUUCAUUCUGUAGAACAAAAAGUUUCAAGAAAGGGCGAAGUAACUAUAGAGUGGCGUACAUAUGAAGUUUCUCAACAAGAUAAACUUCAAAGAAUAGCAAUGGUUUCUGUAUCAUUGCCUACACAUACAAGUUGUGUAAAAUUUUCACCAACUCAAGAAUUAUUGUUAUUAUGUUGUAUAGAUGGUUCUAUCAUAAUUUAUGACCAGACUAGAGCUACUACUGCUAGUGUAAAAGCAGCUUUUAUACCUACAUUGGCAUCGUGGCAUAGUGAUGGAAUAAUAUUUGUUGUUGGAAAUGACAAAGGUCAAUUUCAACAUUUUGACAUUGCUUUAUCCUGUAUUAAAAGUCAAACAUUGACCGAAGAAGCAGCACAAGCCAAUAUACUUGACUUAUCUUCGUAUUUCAGAAUUCAACCAGCAUUACUUCGCAUGGAAUGGAAUAAAAAAACUGAUUUAAAUUGUUAUAUUAAUUUACAUAAUCACGGAAAUUCUUUAUUAUUGUUAAUUUUUCAACGAGGACCCCUUGGUGUUCUUAAAAUGUUGGAAGGAAAUUCUUUUACUGGUGAUGUAUUAGUCAAGAGAUAUUUAUCUUUAUCACAAGUUGAACAAGCAACUUCUUUACUAUUAGCUAUGAAUUGGGAUACUCAUUCUCGUGCAUGUAUGCAUGCAUUAAAUCAGAUUGUAAAUUAUUUGUUUAAACUACCAUUGACGACAGAACGGGAAAAUCUUAUACAAAAUGCAUUAGGCAGCUUUCAUGUACCUAUUAAACCAAUAAGUCAGGCUAUUGAAGAAGAAUAUGGAGACGAAAUAAGAGAUUUAACAAGACGUUUCUUCCAUCACUUAUUAAGGUAUCAUAUGUUUGAAAAGGCUUUUAGGCUUGCUAUAGACUUGAAUGAUCAUGAUCUUUUUAUGGAUAUACACUUUUAUGCAAUAGUUGUAAAUGAUACAGCAAUGGCAACUGCUGCAAAAGAAAAUGCUGAACGCAUAUUAAGUAGAUCAAAUAGUUGCAGUAGUUCACAUUCUACAUGCUCUAGAGCAUCCUGUUCACUGUGUUCUGAUUCAAUAAGUGAUAAAGGAGAAGUAUCUUAUAGUGACGAAAGUGACAAUUUUUCAAAGGAGAAUCAAACUGACAUAAAAUCAAAAAGUCACAAUUAUAAGAAAGAGUCUAGCAACCAAAUUCCACCCUUACCAGUUCUCCAUCCACAUAAUCUUCAUAAAAAUUUAUUAUCUACUUCAUUUACCGACAUAUCACCUAAUGAAAAAACUGACUGUAAUCUAGAAACAAAAUCUUUCAGUAUAUCUAAUAAUACUCUUACCACAACCUCCUUCCACCAUUCAUCUCACCUUUCACCUCCAAAUACAUUUUUUACAUCAACAUCAUUCAACAAACCACUGUAUAAAAUUCAUGCACAUCCAACAUCAGUAUCUACAAUGUCUUCUACCAGUAAUUCACAAUCUUUAAAUAACAUUUCUGAUGAUUUAAUGACAACUUCAUUUGGGAGUCUGUCUUUAAAUGAAAGAAAAACAGGAAUAUCUAAUCGAAUUAAUGAGAACUCUGUAGAUACCACACUGAAGAAAGUCCUACGUGGUGAAAUGCAGUUGCCUCUUGAUAAUAUACCUAAUGAUACAAUAACAACGAAUCUAGUACAAGAAAAUAGUUUUAUGUCUACUCCUUUUAAUAGUCUGACACAUGAAUCAGUUACAUCAGAUGUUUCUUCUAAUCUAUUAAAAUCUUCAUUAGAUAACAUAGAUAAUAAUAUUAUGUCUACAUCAUUUAGUACACUUGGUACAGAUAUUUCAAAUCCAUAUGAUAAAUCUUUUAAUGAUUUAGUAACUACUAAAUCUGACUCAAAUACUGUUUCAUCUCCUUUAAAAAAUAUUAAGCCAUCUGUCACAAUCAGUAAUUUUGUGUCUAAAACGCUUUCUGAUUCUGUUGUAACAAAUAAAUUAACAUGCAAUUUACAUAACAAUCACAGUAAUCUUGCAUCUACUUCAUUUAGUUUUCUUGAAAAUCAAGUAAAAGAUUCAUGCAAUGGCAGUUCAAAUAAUUUUAAUAAUGAUGAUAAUCCUAGUAUUAUGAAAUUACAGCAACCUUUCCUGGGAAAAAAGCAAGUAGAUUUCAAUAUUCCACCACCACCUUCUUUAACAAAUUCAUUUACGAAUUAUUUUCAAAGUCUUCCAAAAAAAAAUCUUCCUUUAUCUAGAAGUACAUCAGGAUUAGCUGAUAUUGAUGAAUCUGUUAAAAAAUUUUCAUCUAUUAGAACAAGAAACGUCAACUCGCAUUUAUUACAAAGACAAAAUUCUGCAUCCAAUAUUUUACAAGAUCAACCUAAAUAUACCAAUAUUAAAUCUAGGUACAGAUUUAAUUAUGACUUUGAUUGCAUUUCACUUCAUGGAAGUUGUGAUAACAUUGAUAUGCAUUCCUCUACUAAUAAUACGAGACUGGGUAAUUCGCAAUUUUCUUCUACUUAUGGUGCACAAAACAGAUUUGAUAGACAUUCAAAAUUAGUAUCAUCACAAAACAGUACAAAUACUAAUAUUAGUAAAGAAUCUAAGAUAUCUUCCAACAUUCCACCUCUGCCUAUCAUAUCACCAUCUACUUCUAGUUCUACGUCCUGUUCUUCCUUUCCUACCUUCACAGAUACAACAUUAACAACAAAUGAAAAACCAAAGGUUAAAUUUUCAGAUACUGUUACACAUAUUUUAGUACCUGGUACAGGUCAAUCACAUAAACAAAAACGUUCCACAAUUACUCAAGUACAUUUAACUGAUCCUAAACGGGAGUUAGCAGAAAGUCUUCCAUUGUGCCUCGGAAAUGAAGAUUAUCUUAAAGAUUUUCAACCAUUACCGAAAGAAACUAUUAAUGACAAAGAAAAGGAAUCUUCAAGACAAGAAGAAGGUUCAAAAAUAAAAGUUGUACACUUUGGACUAUUAUAAAAAGAAGAUUUCAAUUUAAAUACGAAAAUAUAUAUAUGUAUAUAUAUUUUCUAUAUUUACAUAUAUAUAAAACUUGUAUAAGCACAUGUA